AUGAGCGAACAAAAAUACAGCUAUGAAAGUGACAGCUAUGAAAAUAUUAGUCCAUUUCCCUGUCAAAACCAAAUAGCUGCCAUAUAUAAAAAGGACAGUUAUAUGAAACACUGUCUUGUGAAAAACCACAUCGAACCCAUACCCUUAGAUCAAGAAGUUCAUUUUUUAAACAAAAAAGAAGAGGUAACAUUUAAGCUAACUGAAAUAUUAAAAUCAUUAGAAACCCCAAAACAAGAAGAAGAAGCAGACGAUGUUGUAUUACCAGAAUAUUUUCAACAUAAACAACCUGAGCAACUUGAAAAUAUCGAACUAAAUUCAUACAAAGUAAAUUGUGGUGUAUAUCUACAUCAAGUAAAUAUAAUAGACAAGACAUCUUAUAGUUCUAUUAAUGAUAAAGAUAAUAAAUAUGGCAAUAUAAAUUCAAAUCAAAUAAGUAUAAAAGGUGAUAUGUAUGUUAAAAAUGUUAUACAUUUUCAAGACUGUUCUCAAUAUAAUUUUUUAUAUAAAGUAGAUAAAAUAGAAUGGUUUAUCGGUCUAGAUAUAAACGAUAAUAGAAUACAUGAAAUAUUACCACAAUGUCAAGGUGUGUGUUUUCAAAUACCAUUUGAAUCUUUAGGGAAAUAUAUUUUUUGUAAAGCAUAUAGAAGAGUACAUAAAAAUACAAUAUAUCAAAAACAAGGAAAAAAUACAAUUUUUGAUCCUCAUACAUAUAGUAAAAAACCAAUCAAAUUUAAAACACGCCCAGAAUAUGUUGAAAUAUGCUCAAUGACAUAUAAAGGCCCCGUUUUACUAUCUAUAGAUACCUCAUUUCAAAUCUUAAAACAUUUAUGUAGUAAAUAUUUCCAUAUAAAAGUUAUUUUAGAAGAUCCACUAAAUAAUUUAGAAAAUUUAUCUUCUUUCUCAUCAUCCUCAGACGAUGUAACGAGCACAACAAAUUCAGAAGAAUCCGACAAACUAAAUCAAACACAAUCUUUUAUAACCACUAUGCACAUCGAUUUCGAGCAAAUCAAGUUUUAUAAUCCUAAUCUUUACAUUAUACCCACAAAAAAUAGUGAAAUAAUAAACAAAUAUAAGAUGGUAGGUGAUAAAAUGGUAGGCAAUGGGGGAAGUAACAAUGUGCCCCGCUCAAAACAUUUUGGCAAUAGCAAUUCGUCUAUUACUACUAGCGAACCAACAAAUAAACAUUCAGAAAAAAUGCAAGAAAAAAUUCAAGAAAAAAUUCAAGAAAAAAUUCAAGAAAAAAUGGGGGCACAUGCAGAGCUAAUCUUUAAUUUGUACGAGGUCGAAUUUAGACUAUCUAAUAAAGACAAUUCUAUAAUUAUUAUUAUUGAAAAUAAUUUAAAAGCCCAAGUAAAUUCAGUUAAAUAUAAAAUGAUAAUUGUCAAACCGCUAGAAAAAACAAUUUCCAUUAAUGACUUAUGGGCAAUUCUAUUAUCCUUUAAAUCUGCUAAUCCUUAUAAAUCAAUAUUUAAAAAAUAUGCAAAAAUAAUUUAUAAAAAUACAAAUAUUUCCUUUGUACAAAAUAUGCUAAAUAAUUAUUUAAUCAAAUCACAAUUUCCAAAUGUACAUGAAACAUUACCCAUCCAAAAAAUUGGCACAAUUUAUAAUCAAUAA